AUGGCUAACUUGUGGAUAUUUAGAUUUAAAAAGUAUAUUGUGCCCACAGGCACAUUCCUGUUGGCGUUUGCGCCCUUCGUGUUUUUUUUGACCUACCAUUUUAAGUUUUACGUGCAGAGGAAUUUGGUGGUUGUGGCCGUGAUUCAGGUUUUACUCGGCAUUGUCACACUCGUUCUGUUUAUCGCAACCUCAGUGUCCAGACCGGGCUACGUGAAGAGGCUGGACUACCCGAACCGCGUGUUCGACCCGCUGAAGAAGUCGUUCAGAACCACGAACCCGCUCCGCUUUGUGGACGUCACGAUAAACGGGCAGACGAUGAAGCUGAAAUACUGUCUGACCUGCCACAUUUACAGGCCUCCCAGGGCCGUGCACUGCUCAGACUGUGACAGGUGCAUUCUCAAGUUCGACCACCACUGCCCUUACGUCUCAAACUGCAUUGGCUACUACAACUACAAUAUAUUUUUGGCCUUCACGCUGUGCUGCUGUGUGUACUUCUUUUUCCUUUUCGGCGUUUUCGUUUUCAGGUCGGUCGAGUUCUUUCCGAGGUUUCCUAAGAACUUGCACGAGAAGCCUGUUGAUAUUGUAGGCACCAUUGUCUUCAUGAUUGAAGUUUUCCUGAGUGUUUGGGUCAUCUUCGGUCUCUACGUCUUCCACAUUUUCAUUAUUGGCUACAACAUGAGCACCUAUGAUAAGCUGAAGGAGCACUUCGAGGACUUUAACCCUUUCGACAGGGGUUUGCUGAACAAUUGCAAGAGUGUGUUUUUAUACACCCCCAAGCGGCUCCUCGACAGGGGCGAGACUGUGUACACCCCCAAUGCUAUGUACGCAAUUCCACAGGAGAAAAGACCCACAGGGGAUCUCGAAUCUUUAUAA